UUUAAGGUUAUUGAAAGCUACAAAGACUUGGCAUUCUCAGAAUAUGCAAGGGUAGGAAGAGCAUUGACCUUAUAUGAAGUUGGUGACAGAGAAGAAGCAAUUGCAGAGAUGGAAGACGUUUCAAUAUCUCUAAAAGGGUAUCCAGAAAUACAUGCAGCUCUUGCAGCAGCCUUAUAUGCAGAUAAGCAUGCCGCUUUGCUUGCUGAAAACCAGUUUGCCAUUGCAACUCUUCUUGAUCCCCAUUUUACAGACCUUUCAUAUGUUAGAGACACAAAGCACCGGCCUCCAAGUUUGAUCAGUUCACUGCAGCACUUCAUCACACUAUCUUAAGACCUCACAGGAUAUCUAUACGUUUUGUUUAAGCCAUACUAAGCAGUGCCAGCUAUAUGAUG